AAACAGGCGAAGGUGCAAGAUCAAAUAGCUAUGCCAACUCAAAUUAAUCAGCGCGAAGAAACACCAAAACGUGAUUCUGUAACGAAUGAUAUCACAGAUCGCAAUCAAGAAGCGCGAUUCGGGUUUACUAAUAUCGGGAGUACAGGAAGCGGCUAUGGCAUGUCACCUUACGCACCAGCGAAAAUAGACCUUGGCGGACUUCUGUUGGGUGCCAUCAUAGGUGUAGGAUCAAUCCUUAUCAUACCAAAAUUACUCUAUAUCCUGUCUGGUACUUAUGGCGCUUAUGCGAGAAGUAAGUUUAAUAUUUAUAAAUGA